CUCUCCUUCCUUCCCGUAACCCUUCCCCCUUCGCCUUCCCCUUCCUUCCCCCAUAAGCAAAAGAUUAAAAUCUCUCCCAUCUUCGUAGAUUUAGCCAUGGGAUGCUUCGGCCGCACGGGUAAAUCCAGCAAACGAUCCGAGACGAAGAAGAAGAACAACAUUAACGAUUUCGCCAAACACAAUAAACUCGAAAUCGACGCAAACUGCGUUCGCAAGAGCGCAGAUCGCGAUUCGCAAACGGAACCUAGCUCAGAAGGUAGUCCGAGUGGAGAUGAUGUAAACAAGGAGGUAACUACCGAUGAGGAUCAGUUCUCUUUGGACGCAAAGGAUUCAAAUGUGGAAGAUGAUGUUUCAGGGAAGAAAGCAGAGACUUUCGCCUUUGAAGAACUCUCCGUCUCUACCGGAAACUUCAGGUCUGAUUGUUUUCUAGGUGAAGGAGGUUUCGGAAAAGUAUACAAGGGUCUCAUUGAGAGAAUCAAUCAGGUUGUUGCAAUCAAGCAACUUGAUCGUAAUGGUGCUCAAGGAAUUAGAGAGUUCGUGGUGGAAGUGAUGACACUAAGUCUCGCUGACCAUCCCAACCUUGUAAAGCUUAUAGGGUUUUGCGCACAAGGUGUUCAGAGGCUACUGGUCUACGAGUACAUGCCUCUAGGAUCUCUUGAAGAUCAUCUCCAUGAUCUUCCUUAUGGUAAAACCCCACUUUCUUGGAAAACCCGUAUGAAAAUAGCGGCUGGAGCUGCGAGAGGUUUGGAGUAUCUUCACGAUACAAUGAAGCCUCCUGUGAUCUACCGUGAUCUAAAAUGUUCAAAUAUCUUGCUCGGUGAAGACUAUCACCCGAAACUCUCUGACUUUGGGUUAGCUAAAGUCGGACCAAGCGGGGACGCAACACAUGUUUCCACAAGGGUUAUGGGAACGUACGGGUACUGUGCUCCUGAGUACGCAAUGACGGGUCAACUCACAUUCAAAUCAGAUAUCUUCAGUUUCGGAGUUGUCCUCUUGGAGCUUAUCACUGGAAUGAAAGCGAUUUACAAAACAAAAGCGCGUAAAGACCAGACUCUAGUUGGAUGGGCGCGUCCGUUGUUUAAAGAUAGGAAGAAUUUCAAGAAAAUGGUUGAUCCCUUGAUGGAAGGAGAUUAUCCGGUUAGAGGAUUGUAUCAAGCGCUCGCGAUAGCUGCAAUGUGUGUUCAAGAUCAGCCUGGUAUGAGACCGGUGAUAUCUGAUGUAGUAAUGGCUUUGGAUCACUUGGCUUCUUGCAAUUAUGAUCAUAAUCACAAGGAAAAGCAGUCUAAUUUUACAGAGACAAGAGUCGAUGUUGAAGACAAAAGAGUGAUCGAAUCUAAUGUUUGUAUGGAGGAAGGAAAACAAGAGAUCAAGAUAUGUUCAGCACAAGCAAGUUAAUCAACAACGGUUCUUUGUUUGAACAAAAAAAAAAACAGUUCUUUCCAAAAAUUUGUAGAAUGCUUCGUUUAUAUGAGCAACAAUUUUGUUUCGAGCGAUACUGUGGUUUCAUGUAAUAUCGAUUUUGGUUUCAUGAAAAUCAUAAUGGGACUGGGUAGAAGUUAACACCAAA